GUUGUUCGCUUCCCUCAACAAGAAGUUUCCGGUGAAAGAUCUGGGGGAGUGUACCUGGUACGACGGGUGUGCUAUCGCCAUGUAUUUUGAAAAUGGCAUCACCAAGCUGUCCCAGACAGCAUACACUGAGAGUAUGCUGAAGCGGUUUGAUGUGACCACGACCGCUUUCACCCCUGCUGCCGCCGAUGCCGACCUAGGGCCGGAGAGAGAUGAUGAGCCCGCGGUGGACAAGCCUGUGAGGGAGGCGAUCGGAUGCCUGAUGUGGACGAAGCUGACGAGGCCAGACAUCGCCCUGCCUCUGAACAAGUCCAGAAAAAUCGCCCACUCACCCACCGGGGGGAUAUGGAACGCGCUUGUGCGGAUCAUGUCCUACCUGAACUUCACAAAGGACUUCGGCAUCACCUACGUACGGGGGUCAGGACUAGACCUAAGCGUGUUUGUCGAUGCCAGCUACGCUGACAACGAAGUAGACAGGCGUUCUACGACCGGGCUAGCUGACGUGAAGGAGGCGUUGUUUGUGCGUGGCGUUCUGUCAUUCAUAGCGCCCGAGACGAGUGGGUCGAAGAUCAAGGUCCUCGAGGACAACAAGGGGGCUCUCGCCUUAGUCGAGAACCCGUUCAGCUCAGCGAGGAGCAAGCACAUCGACGUGCGGUUCCAUUUCAUUCGCGAGCUAUUCAAGUCGGGCAAGAUCACUGCAGAGUAUGUUCCGACUGGAGAGCAGCACGCCGACAUGCUGACCAAGGUCCUUGGCAGAGAGAAGCUAGAGUACCACCGGGAGGCUCUGAUGAACCUACCGAUGUAG